CCUCUGUUUUCUUAGUCCUCGUUUCUUUCGUUCAAAUUAUGCAUUGUGCAUGUAAGGUAGUUUGUAUGUGCUGAAGCUGUUCCGAUGGAUGAAGCGCCCAAUCUCUCCCGCCAUGCUAAUGAAGCUCUGUGAUUGGGAUUUCCGUCUCCGUGCAGCGUUGUAAGUGUCAGAACGUCACCGAAGGCUUUGUUCAUUUUUCAUAUAAGUCGACUUUUUUUCCGAUAGGUUCAUAAUGUAUACUAGCCUCGAAUCUUGGCUACAGUUAGUUACGAUGAAUGACGAUAAGCCAGUUGCUUCGUUUGGAGGACCCUCUGGACAGAUGAAAAAUGACCAACAAAGCAACAGAUGUGGACGGAUACUCUCUGAGGAACCAAGCAAGAUAGGCUACUUCGUUUUUGCCUCCAUAAUUUUCAACCCAUAUUCCUGGAUAACAUGAAUCACCCCAAGGAAGACGAAUUGUCAGCACAAAGGUUCUUCAUACCAAGAACAUUAUUGGGUCUUGAGGUCUUCAGAGCUGACCUCACUGUUCACCCUUUUGGUCAUCCUCCGAGAGGCUUUUGGAGCGGCACUGUCACGUGACUUCUGGUGCCGAUGUGUCCUCAGAGGGUUUAGGCGUCCAGGCUCCUUAGCUGAUGAAAACACCUCUGGAGAUGCAGGAAACAGCACUCGCGGUCGACUCCUCGGGUUUUGACGCUUACCCACUUCAGGGAUUUGGCUUCGAUGACGCGCCUCCUGGUUUCCAAGCCUCAGCGCAGUCGGAGAGAGCCGCUUGCUCACUGCAGUGUUUUGAUAACUGCACCCCAUGCCAACACAGGGAAUCUGGUGCGCAGAAUACGGGUUGUUUAAGCGCAUGUCCACCAAAUGGCCUUCCUCAAAGCUCUGCCAUUUCAACCCUCAGUUCCGACAGCUCAUUGCUACAACCGGGGGUCCAAGAGGAAAGAAAUACGACCUCGUCCUUCAUUCACAACAGCAAGUCCAGCAAACAAGUCUUUCCUUGGAUGAAGGACUCCAGGCAGAAUUCUAAAGUAAAGCGCAGCCCCCCAAGCGCGCAUACAGUUAACGAGGAAAGUGGCAACGGCGGGAAAAGCCCUGCGACUCCAUCUGCUUCAAAAAGGGCUCGCACCGCCUACACGAGCGCCCAACUCGUGGAGCUGGAAAAGGAGUUCCACUUCAAUCGUUACCUGUGCCGCCCACGGCGAGUCGAGAUGGCUAACCUACUCAACGUUAGCGAGAGGCAGAUUAAGAUCUGGUUCCAGAACAGAAGGAUGAAGUAUAAAAAAGACGAAAAGUUUAAGGGGAUAUCAGCGUCAUCAUCCCCAGAAUCGUCUCCCAGUGGAAGUCCCACUCUAUGUUUGCGAACAGGCUUUAUUAAUUCUCUGUCCUCAGCUGGUCAGAGUGAUGAUAUGUUUCUGGCAUCGUUGAACAUGUCUCAGUGCGGUGGGUAUGGUAUGCACUCUACAUUCUCGAAUACCCCAAAGUCGUGCCCCUCCUCACAAAAAUACUUCAAUUCGACUGCUUAUAACCAUCACGACGCAUCUAAUCGCAGUUAUCUAGCACCCAGCGUUCAUGGAAGCCCAGGGUUUGUGGGAGAGAGCUAUGAAAGUCCAGCAUCUGUCUACAGACUCAAUCACUUGUCACAGAUUGAAUGUCAUGACCUCGAUAGCUCCGUGCAAGUUCCAGCCAGCCCACAAUAUGAACUGUGCGAAUCAGAUGUGCCCUACAUACAGCAAACACAGUACUCGCCUACCCAUUCUCAGGACAGACUUAUUCAAGCCGAUAGGCUAACACAUUUGUAGUCAUAUUUUGCACAUUACGUAGGCUAUGGACCCUUUCAAGAGAGUUCCAUUAUCAGCAUCAUAGUUGGCCCCACAAGACUUCCUUUUUAACA